AUGCUCACACUCCUCGAGCCCCCGGGUGCCAAACGUCCUCCGCAUGGAGGGAACCGAUCAGAGCAACAUUUACUGCACCUGGGCCAGCCGGAUGACGAUCCCUACUUUGACGAAUCGUACAUACCACAAGAUCCGGUCGAUGCCCCUGCGACGGGAUUCCUAGCGUACUUUGAACGCUUUCUCGUGUGGAAGACUAGUUCAAGCGAUUAUUCGGACAAGUGGAAGAAAGAAUUUCGACAGCGACCGUCUUUUUGUGACGCAGAUCUUUGCCUGCAGCAGAUCAGAAGAGGAAAAGCAGACGGAAAUGUUGGUGCUCUGAUUACUCGCAGCUUUAUUCAGAAGGGCUUGAAUGCACUCGGCAAUUUUGUGCAGGCGAACCCCUUCUCCAUCAUUAUGGCCGUUAUGCUGCUCUUCUCAUUUUGCUGCUAUGGACUCCAGUUUGUGCGCAUUGAGACCGACAUUGUCAAGCUUUGGGUUGACAAGGGCGGACGGUUGGAUGGCGAGCUAAAUUUCCUGAGCGAAGUACAAUCGGGUACCUUGUUCAACAGCUCGGAUGACGGGGUGGAAAUGGUCCGCGAGAACGGCCUGGGCGGUGGCUAUCAAGUCGUAAUCCAGACGCCGAACUACGAGGGCCAGAACGCAUUGACGAACGAGCAAAUGAUGAAACAUGUCCGGAUUAUGCGGGAAAUCGCCAACUAUACGGCCACCGUUGACGGCGUGCAAUGGUCGUUGUCAGACAUCUGCUUCAAGCCGGCUGCACCAUCUUUGCCGAAGGACAGCAUUGCCAACAAUUUGCUUGAUCUUCUCGAUCGGAUCAUCCCGUGCAUUUGGAUCACGCCAAUCGACUGUUUCUGGGAGGGCAGCAAGGCCUUGGGCCCGCAAAAACCCCUGAAUGACGUCCUUGGAAUGGUCCAACUGGUUCCCUCGAUCCCGUCCGGUGAUGUGACCUGGCGAAACUUUGAUCCAAUCGCUGUAAUCGACGACAUUCACAAGAUUUUCCCGCUUGGCACCCAUUACACAUUUUUCCAAAGAACGGGCAUCGGCCACGGCUAUCUGGAUCGCCCAUGCAUCGACCCCUUGGACCCGGAAUGCCCGAAGCUGGCGCCGAAUUACUGGGAUCACUGCCCCCACCUCGACCAGUUCCUCGCCUACACCGAGCAGAAAGGCGUCAAGAUCGUUCCGGUUGUGAAGAACGAAGGCUUUGACUUCAUGAGCCUAUUUGGUCGACGCAAGCGCGAAGUCGCGGGUAACGUCACCGUCCAAAACGUCACGACACCGACAGCAACCCCGGUGGCGGCCGCAGCAACAACAGUGACGCCGGUCACGACUACGACAACGAUUUCGCCUGAAAAACGAUGCAAAGAAUACCGGCAACCGAUGCUCGAGUACAUGUCGGCCAAUCCUGAGACGAUUGCUCAAUACAUCCCGCCAUCGGCAAUGCCGGCGCACCCAAAAUACGGUCAAGUCAUGUCGGGCGGUUGCCCAGGAUUCGCUAGCGGUGUUCUGCACUGGCCCGAAGACAUGAUAUUGGGAGGAGCCCGCCGUUCCACUCCGAAUGGCCCGCUUGACUCCGCUGAUGCAUUGCAAUCUGUAUUCUUGGUCGCCUCGCCUAAUGAUGUUUACUUGCGCUUCAAGCCUAAGGCCGGCCGAAAGGCGGUGAAACCCGGUUUCAACGAGUCAAACUGGUCUCCUGAAUUGGCCGCGAAAAUCAUCACUGCAUGGCAGCGCAAUUUCACGUCAUCCCUCUACAAGCAUGAGGAAAAUAUUGAUGCUGAUGGCAACGAACAUCGUACAAUCCAUCCGCUCGCUUCGACUUCGAUUGCUGAUAUGUUGGAGGAGUUCUGCCAAUUCAACUACCUAAUCAUCUUUGUCGGCUAUGGGCUUAUGCUCGUCUACGCGGUUGUCACUCAAUUCCGGCGCGAGGGCUGCCUCCCCGCUGCUCAUUCUUGCAUGGGACUUGCAUUUGCUGGCGUGUUCACCGUCACCUUUGCUUCCGUCGCCGGAUUGGGAUUGGCAACGUGGUUUGGAAUCGAGUUCAAUGCUGCUACUACACAGAUUGUUCCUUUCCUCACUCUUGGGAUUGGCGUCGAUAACAUGUUCAUGUUGCUGCACAAUUACCACGACGUCGUCAUUAUGACAGGACGGGAUGAGCUUGGGAUGCUGAUGCGCGAGACCGGAAUGAGCAUUCUCUGUACAUCGAUCAACAACAUUCUAUCGUUCCUCGCCGGCACAUUACUCCCAAUUCCUGCGCUGAGAUCUUUCUGUGCACAAUCCUCGAUACUGCUUACGUUCAACUUCAUUGCCAUCCUGACGCUAUAUCCAGCGCUGAUCGCUUUGGAUUUGAAGCGCAGGAAGAGCGGCAAACGCGACUUAUUCUGCUGUUUGUCUACCGAAAGCUUUGAUGAUUCAUACGCCAUCAUUACCAAGCCCAAGAUUCAUGAAAAGAAGAUGAUCACGUUCGAAUCGGCUAACAACAAUUAUCGCAACUUUACUUCUUGCACCGAGAAGGACUUUGAUGAAGAGGAUAACCAGCCAGCCCCCUAUACGCUUCACUCCGGCAUUCGCAACUAUUAUAUCCCGCUGAUCGAACGACGUGGGAUGAAGGCCUUCAUUCUGUGCUUCUGCUUCGGUCUGACGUUGAUGGCUGCGGUCGGAAUGCAGAAGGCUUCGAUUGGACUAGAACUGUCUGAUGUGCUUCCUGAGCAUACUGCUCCCGCGGCUUUCCUCAAGGCUCGUGACAAGUACUUCUCCUUCUACCCGAUGUUCGCUGUGCUCAAGGGAGCUUCUGAAUACGUCAUCAAAUCAAAGUCUGGCGAACCAAGCGAGAAGUACUGGCUCCAAAUGAUGCGGGACUGGUUGAUUUCCAUCCAGACAGCUUACGAACAAGCACUGGUGGACGGAAAGUUCGAUCUCGUCACUGGGCAAGUAAUUGGGGUGGAGCCGAACAAAUCUGGGCAAAUCAAAAAACUAACCGAAGAUGCGCUCAUUGCGUAUCGCUUGAUAUGCAGUUAUGGGAAUACUUACAAUUGCACUAAUCGGGUGGGCAAGAUCAAGCUUGUUGACGAAGCCGGCACGAUCAAGCACGAGAGCUUCUACAAUUGCUUGAGUGCGUGGUACAACUCUGAUAACAUGAUGUACUAUGUCUCGCAAGCCAGCUUCUAUCCGCGGCCACCAAAAUGGAGUGUUGAUGACAACACUACACUACUGGUGCCGCCGGCUCACCCACUUGCCUAUUCACAAAUCCCUUUCUAUCUAACCGGCCUCACCAACACCCCGGUCAUCGUGGAUAUGAUCAAGGAUAUCCGACGUAUAUGCGACAACUUCACAAACGAGGGGCUUCCGAACUUCCCACAAGGAAUCGCAUUCACUUUCUGGGAGCAAUAUCUCCACCUCUCCGGCAACUUGCUGAAGGCCAUCGCUCUGAUCGCACUCGCCGUGUUUGUCGUAAUUUCACUGCUGCUCUUCAACCCUUGGGCUGCUGGCAUCAUCCUGAUCAUCCUCAUCUGCAUGACCGUUCAAUUGGCUGGUUUCAUGGGAUGGGCUGGAGUGAAAAUGAAUCCUGUGUCGGCGGUAACGCUGAUCACGGCCGUCGGUAUUGGCGUCGAAUUCACGGCACACGUGGUACUCGCCUUUUUGACUGCGCUGGGCACAAGGGUCGAGCGAACCCGUGCCGCCGUCGAUCGAGUUUUCGUGCCGGUGAUUCAUGGAGCGUUAUCGACGCUUCUGGGCAUCCUCAUGUUGGCGUUUUCGGAAUUCGAGUUUGUGGUGAAGUACUUCUUCGUGGUGAUGUCGGCGCUAAUCGUCAUUGGGUUGAUCAACGGGCUUAUGCUGUUACCAGUUUUACUGUCAAUUUGCGGCCCACCAAUGGAGGUGCAACCUGUCGACGGAGGAAACCGUCUCCGAUUGCCUCCACCGUUGAGAAAGCGAUGCGAAGCAAACGACACGGACGAGGAGGAAGAUGAAGGAGGGCUCGUAUUCAGAAGACGUGGUUCCCAGCACCUCCGUCUU